UUGGUUUGACUAAUCGGUGACUCUCGUAACAAAGACGUAGACUCACUGCGGUAUCUUUAUAGACCAGACAGAGCAGCAACAUGUCUGCAGAACUGGACCUGUCUCCCCCAGAGGUCCCAGAGCCCACCUUUCUAGAGAGUUUACUACGAUAUGGGCUCUUCCUGGGUGCCAUCUUUCAGCUCAUCUGCAUCCUGGCUAUCAUUAUUCCCACAUCCAAAGGCCACGAACAGGAGGAGGCGGAGCCUGCCGAGGGCAAAGCUGUCGAACAUAUAAAGAAAUCCAAAGGACCUGCACCUCAGAUUCGACAGAAACCAAAGAAGGAGAGCAAGAAGAAGCGAUGAGACUUUUGCUCAGAUUGACAAAUCAUUUGUACAAGUUAUUCAUUGUCAGUUAGCUCUGUGAGUAUUUAAACCACUAAUGUCAUUGGGACAGCUAUAAAUGAUGUGCAACUGUGUAUUUCUGUCAUAUUUAGCUCACUGCUACAAAGGAAACAUCAUAUGGCUUGCUAUGGUGGGUGCAUCCUGUGGUUUCCAUUCUUUUUAUUAUUUUGUCUCAUUUCUAAUGUCUAAGUCAUUAUAUAUGAAUAUUACCUGUAGGACUUUAUCUUGUAGUUCCUGUAUUUCAUGAGUCAUAAUGACAUAAUAUCCUGUCAUUACCGUUCUUUUUAUGGAAGAAAUAAAUCACAACUUCCUCAUUGUCAUUGCACCCAGUUUCACAACACCAAGUCUCCACCUGAUU